AGAGAAAGAGCAAAAUGAAAAGUCAUUUUCAUUGCAGCUUUCAUUUCAGCCGUGCACACGGCAGCGCAAUAGAGAAACCCAAGUGCGUUUAACGCAUAAUUUUAACGCGAUGUCGCUGUUGUACGUCAAAUAUCAAAAUUAUUUCCACUGAAUUGUUUAACAUUAUACGGUAAACAGCUGAUUGUAUAUAUAAACAAAUGGAUGAAAUGUACGUGUAUUGAAUUGAAUACGCAUGCAUUUGAACGAAUACGUGCACACUAAAUUUCAGCGUAUAGCUCGCUCGACGUUAUGUGUUUUUUUUUCUCUUCCUUUCUUUCACAUCUCGGUGUGUUUUGUUGUUGUUGGUGUUGUAUUUUUCUGUACUUUUCUUGCAGUGCUUUCAAACGCUGAACAACAUUUAUGUACUACACACAGUGUGUGUAUGUACGUACGUACCACAAAGCCACAUACCAAGGGUAUGAUGUUGAAGACAAAUCGUCAAUGCAUAAUAUUAUUUUAUGAUUUAAAAAAAAAAAACGAAAGAAGUAAGAAUAAAAGCCAUAGUAGUGAAAUAGUGUGUUUAUUGUGUAAAGAUCAAAUGAGAAAUUUGUCUCAGUGUUCGAUUAAAACGAUUAAAGAGUUGACCACGGGAUUUUACUGCACAAUCACACGACAAAAACAAAAUAAAUCAACAAAAAUGAAGACGAUUAUAGCGAAUUGUUUAUCAUGAUUCAAUCAGACACAUAGUUAGAUUCGAACAAUGGACUGAAUGUGAUUACAAACUUACAAAUCUGUACCUGCAAAUCAAAUAAUACAGGACACAAAAACAAAACAAAUACAGAAAUAAUCGAGCUGCGGAAAUAAAAAAGAAACAACACGACACAAGUAAAAAUAAACAACGACCGAAUAGAAAAAAAAAGUAUCUGUGGACAUUUUGUUCGUAGUGCAUUGAAAAUUCCUGUCGUAUCAUUCAUUUUGUUACAAACAUUUUUUCUUCAUCGGUCGAGUGUGCUACACUAUUGGAUGCACUCAACUAGGCUUUCUAUUGAGUUUUAAUGUCAAAUUUUUUACCGAAGUUUUUUUUUCUCCUUCACAUCGCCCCACUGUACGCUGGUUUGCUUUGAAAUGGCUUGCAAAUCAUAAUUUAUGGAUUUUGUUUGUUCGCGAGCAUAGAGUACCAGCGGAAGGAAGUUGUAUGAAUUGUGUGUGUGUGUGUUUUUUUCGUUGAGCUCAUUAUCCGAUUUUCAUUUUGUGCAUCAACUAUCAAGUGGUCGUCGUCAUCGUCAUCGUCGUCUUCGUCUUGGUCGUAGUCGUAGUCGUCGGUACUUGUCAAAGAGAAUCAAAUCCUAAAAUUUAUUGAUGCAAUAAAUCUUUGAUGCAGAUGAUUUUCUACACGAUAUCCUUGAGCACAUAGUGCGAGUGAUAUUGAAUCGAUUGGGCACCGGUCAAACAACAUUAAAAAGCAAAAUAUCAUACACUUUUUCCCCUUCAGUGCACACAUAACGAAGCAAAAAAUGGGCAGCGUGCAAGUUGAGGGUGCUAAUCCCAUUUUUCAUCUAUUGCAACGCCAGAUUGGUAAAAAUAUUUAUAGUUUCCGUCGAAAUUUGUUCCGUGAACGUUUGGCCAGUGCAAGGAAUUUGUAUUGCAAAAAUUUGGUGUCACAUUAUGGGUGCGUGAAUGCUAUUGAAUUUUCCAGUCAUGGGGAUCUGCUGAUAUCCGGUGGAGAUGAUCGUCGCGUUCUAUUGUGGAAAUUGGAAGAGGCGAUGGCUGGAGUUGGUGAGCCACAUGCUAUGCAAAAGCAACACUAUAGCAACAUAUUUUGCUUGGGUUUCAAUAAUGACAGCACGAAAAUCUUUUCGGGUGGAAAUGAUGAUGCAGUUAUUGUGCACGAUGCCAACACAUGUGAGCCAUACGAACGGUUUCUGCACACAAAGCCAGUUUAUGGAUUAUCCGUUGAUGUAACAAAUGAUCAAGUGUUCGCGACAGCCAGUGAAGAUGGUCUGGUUUUAGUAUUCGAUUUGCGCAUUGGUUCACAGGUGUUGGCUUUGCCAAAUAGCCGUGCACCAUUCCACGCGGUACAAUUUCAUCCAUUGGACGGUAAUUCAAUAGUCACUGCCAACGGCAAGGAUGGAGCGGCCCUUUGGGAUCUACGUGACACCAAAAAGCCUUUCAUUCGUUAUGACGGUGGAAAAAAUUCCAUUCAGAGUUGUAUGAGCGUUCGCUUCAACACUUAUGGUACACAAGUGUUGGCUCUGCGACGUCGCCUUCCUCCAAUUCUCUACAAUACCCAUAGUGAAGAUCCCAUUUGUCAGUUCUACCAUGCUGAUUAUUAUAACUCAUGCACGAUGAAAAGCUGCUCGUUUGCGGGCGAAAACGAUGAAUAUGUGAUAUCUGGAUCGGAUGACUUUAAUCUGUAUAUGUGGCGUGUUGCAGAUGCAAAUAUAACCAAGAAAAAUCAAUGGAUUGACACACACCACAUGGUUCUGUACGGUCAUCGGUCGAUCGUUAAUCAAGUUCGAUACAAUCCACAAAAGUGCAUUCUUGCCUCGUCUGGUGUUGAGAAAAUUGUCAAAGUCUGGAGACCAUUCGAAUCGGAGAACUGGACGGGCAGUUUGGUUGAAGAUGGCCCAACAAAUACCAGAGAAAUUUUCUCCCAAGAAGAAUAUCAAUCGUUGUACAACUCAAACCAAAAUCACACAGAGGAUUACAGCUAUCAAAACACAACUGAAGAUCCACAAAUGAUGGCAUUCUUUGAUUCACUUGUGCAACGUGAAAUUGAGGCUUGGAACAGCAAUGAUAAUUCCGAUUCGGACAAGAGCAGUGUUCAUAGCUCGGAUGGAUCGCGCCGAACAUCGACAUUGCAAUCGGAAAGUGAUGAAACAUUUCAAGUAUACGGUAGAGAAUCGGCGAAUCGAAAUCGCACAAUGAUUAAGACACGAUCAAGACAUUUGAAUAGGAUAGCUUAUUUAAUUGCCACGAAACGUAAUACGCUCAAGCGACUAGCGCUCAAAGGUUCAACCCGAACAACUAGACGAGUUCGGUCGGUCAAGAGUAGCCAACGCAAAAUGCAACGAUCGUCGUUUCGACAGCCGCGCAAAAACAAUGGAAAACGCAUCAAUCGAAUGAAUUCACGUACCAAAUCAAGAGACUGUAACGGCAAUAAUAGUGAAACUGAAUUGCCUAAGAAUCUGGCCAAGCGUCGUCAACAAUCGCACUUUAAUGUACCGUCAUAUCGAUCCACGCGACGUGUUAACAAAACACAGCUGCACAAAACUUUCUACGCUAAUUGCGAUUCGGGUGAUUCAUCGUCCGACGAACACUUAUCUGAUAACAACAACAGUGCAUCGGCACUGUCCAAAACAAAUGGCAAUCCAGAGACAACCAAUGGAACACAUCGAUCCAUGCAAAAUGAUAAUAACAACGACUCCUCAGCAAGUUAUCCAAUCCCAAGCACAAGUACUGGAAUCACUGGCAAUGGUGCUAAUUUUCGAAUCGUUCAAACACCGGAUUCGGACGAUGAACCAACACCAGACAGUAGUCCCAUAUCACAGGCAAAUGCUCAAGUGCCCGCAACUAAAGUGAAUGGGGUGCAUACGGCAACAACGGCACCCGCCUAUUCAUCCGGCGUUGAUGAUGAUCAGCCGAAUGAACGAAAUUCACGACGCAAACGAAACCAUUCGCUUACCACAGCCAAUUAUCUCUUUACAAACUAUUCGAGUCAUUCGAGUUCACGCUUAUCGAACAGCAGCAGUAGCGACGAUGAUGACACAUCUAGCGAUGAUAGUUCAUUACCAUUUUUCUCGAAACAUUUAAGCAAACGACCAAAACAAAACAAUGAAAACAACGAAGCAUCACAUGCACCAAUACUACGCAUUGAACGUACACCGAGUCGUUCACGAGACCCAAAAGACUGUGAAGUAGAAACGCCGGACAGUGGUAUUGGUUCCACGCCAGGCACUUCAACCUCGUCCAGAUGAUCUUCAACGUAACGACAAUUAACGCAUUGCUUCGUUUUCGUUAUUGGGUUUUUUUGAGUUUCCACAAAAUCAAUUUGAUUUUCUAUUGCAAUUAGUUUUUAUUAUGACCGGUCUAGAGCUAAGCUCAUUUUUUUCGCUCACCGUCACUCGGGCAAAUUGCUAAGACAUAUAGAAUAUGUAAAACAAAAACAAAUAACUCCAGUAGCGUAUUAUCAAUGAAUACAAUCCAAAAUGGUGCACCAUUGAGUCAAAAAUGAAACAAGAGAACAAAUGGAGGUGUUGAUAAGAGCUGGUGCAUAAUAAAUGGGGAUAUAAACACGAAUAUUGCAUGAAUCACGCCAUAGUGCUGUUUAUGUGCAUGUGAAUAUUGGAUAGGAUAUAGUAUCGAGCGCAUAAAGUUUUCUCUAGCUCUAUAAAAGAGUUUCGAGCAUUAGUGUUACAUAGAGAGAGAUAUCUCGAUUAAAUUAGAAAUUGAGAUAGACCUUGUAAUAUGGUUCAAACAGAAUUUUUAAGUGCUAAGCUACAUCCCGAGUAUUGAUCUUAUUUCGAUUUAUCUUACGUUAUUUUACUUACUUACUUCAAUAAAUUUUCAAGUGUGUGACAUUAUUUGCGUAUAAAA